AUGGAUCCCACACGCAAAAAGCACCCCAAAUCCUCCUCCACCCCCUCCUCCACCUCUGCUCUCUCAGAUCCCUCUGCCCACAAAAUCUCAAACCAUUUCUCCCGGCACAGACUCCACACUUCCCUUAAACCCAACAAUCCGCCGCCUCGUGUGGACACCCGUUUGCAGGCUAAGGCCAUGACAGUUUCCCUCAUAGGUGCUGACUCCUCCAAUGCUUUUAUCAUCAAGCCAAACCGCAAGCACGCAGCGCCUGCAGCAAAAAUGGAUGCACCACCCCCAGCUGAAAGCAAGGAGAGGCUGAAGAAGUCUCCAGUGAAGAAAGAAAAGGAGAAGAAAGAAUCUCAGGACAGGCGCGAUAUCAAGAAACUGUCCUCUAAAGAAGUCAAUGAUAUCAACAAAGUAUUGAAAGUAGCCAAAGAAAAAGAAUCUCAACAGGGACAUGGACAUGAUAUCAUGAGGCGGCCUUCUUUUUCUCUUGGCAGGAGAAGAUCUUUCUGCUGCUCACAAGUUGAGUUAGCUGGUUUCUUGGCCAGCACUGGGGUGAAAGUUGUGUCUGUUGACAUGCCACCCUUUAUGCAGAUCCAUGCUGUGGAUUGUGCAAGGAAUGCUUAUGACAGCUUGGAGAAGUUCACUUCCAAGACCCUUGCCAUGACUCUAAAGAAGGAAUUUGAUGGGGUAUAUGGACCAGCAUGGCAUUGUAUUGUUGGGACAAGCUUUGGGUCCUUUGUAACACAUUCAGUUGGAGGGUUUAUGUAUUUCGCAAUGGAUCACAAGUUGUAUAUCCUCUUGUUUAAGACCGCUGUACAGAGAGCAGAUUGA